AACCACGACACGGCUUUUUGGGCCUCACAAGUUCCCGAGCGAACCGCCAGCCAGCUUAGCGCCAGAACGCUGGGGCAAAGUUUUGCUUGAAUUUCACUACACGUUAACGGUACGGUGUGUACGAGCUGCGGUUAUCAACAAUCUCCAACGCUUGCUUCUUACUACGCUGGAAAUAUAAUGUGGAUUUCACGCCCGAAAAUAACGUUGAUUUCGAGAUAUUUACUAGGAUUUUAACCGGGACUAUGACCCAUGGCAAGCAUGGUGCGCGAAACCAGGCAUCUUUGGGUUGGAAAUUUACCGGAUAAUAUUCGAGAAGACAAAGUUAUAGAGCAAUUCAAACGGUAUGGUCGCGUGGAGAGCGUCAAAUUGACAGGGAAGCGUGUGGCAGACGGGACCCAGUCGGCUUACGUGGAUUUUGUGGAUAUAAACAGCGCCACCAAGGCGCACGACGCGCUGAUCAAGAUCGGAGAACGCGACCUGCGGAUAGAGUACAACAACCCGGACAAUACAGACGAACCGCUCAUCAGUGAGAGGGGUCAUGGGGAGUAUGAUGUCAUACAUGGCGGAAGGCACUCACGCUACGACACGCGUAGAGAUGGGUCAGCCGAUGAAAGAUAUGAAUUGGGAUCAACAAAUUAUGACUAUGGGAGAUCAUACGACAGACAUUACAGUCGGGACUCACGUGAUGGAUACAGGGACGAAAAUAGCAUGUCGCCAUCAGCCUACCGUGAGGGUAGGUCGCGCGAAAGGACGUCUUACAAUCGCAAUUACUACUCACAACAUUCCCGUGGAAAUAGUGGUGACACGCCAUACACCCAGGACCAAUCGGAGACAUAUUUCAAGGAAAAUUUCACAAGUUCGCGGAGCGACGGUGAUGGCUUCUCGGACUCCGGCUCGCGCAAGUCGCGCACCAAAGCGAACCAGAGGACAGGCUCUGGCACGACGAACCAUAGCCACUCGCCGAGGUCUGUGCGGUCGCGGAGUUUCAGUCGAUCGCGCAGCCGCUCGCGGAGCCGGAGCCGGAGCACGGACUCGAGGAGUAGUGUGUCGGGGAGCGACAAUUGGUCGCGGAGAUCCCAGUGUAGUAAGGACCCAGAGAGUGAUCGGGAAAGUCGCAACACGGAGAACACUCAAAGCUCAGGUAGCUCACUCAAGUACUCAGGAUUAUGUGUCAGAAACUUACCAUCAAGGUCAAGCGAUUCAAGCAUCAAGGAUGGUUUAUUUCACGAGUUCAAGAAGUACGGCCAGGUGACGGCAGUCACCGUCCAGGGGGCGGGGGACGAUAGAGUCGGCAUCGUCUUCUUCAAGAGGACUGAGGAUAUGGAGAAGGCGAUGUCGGCGUCGAAAGGGAAGCUCUUCUUUGGCUGUGAGAUGAAGCUGUCACCGUGGGAAGGAGCAGCGGACAUAAGUGUCGAUGACAGCGAAGUCAAGUACUUUGAGAAGGAGCUCGACGAAUUCCAUCCCCGCGCAACGAGGACGCUAUUCGUCGGGAACCUGGAUCGCACCAUAGACAAGGACGAGCUUCAUGACGCUUUCUGCAAAUUCGGGGACAUUGUGCAUAUAGAAAUCAAGAAACCACAGAGCGCCCAGCCCUUUGCGUUUCUCCAGUUUUCAAACAUUGACAGUGUGGUGAAGGCUAGGAAGAAGCUGGAUGGGGAAUAUGUAGGCAAGAACAAAGUCAAGCUUGGUUUUGGCAAGAGCAUGGCGACCAACUGCGUGUGGCUGGACAGUCUAGCUCCCUCUACCAACGAGACGACGCUCGGCCGCUUCUUCAACCUCCGUUACGGCCAGGUCUCGCGGGUGGUCGUGGACAAGCGGUCCGGGAUGGCGCUGGUUUUCUUCUACAACAUUGAGCAUGCUCAGAAGGCCGUCCAGGAGAUGAAGAAUGGCAAGAUCUCAAAUCGGAGGCCAAAGGUUGACUUUGCGAGCAGGGAAUGUCAGAAUCACUUCUACGACCGAAUGGAGCGUACGGGCCAAGCCGUCUACUACCAGAGGAGCAGGUCUCCCUCGCCGUCAGGUGGAGCUGACAGGACCCCGACCGCCUUCCGCGAGGGCGCAGCCACUGGGGCCGCGUCUGGUACCGGCACCCCCGCUGGGGCAACCACUCCCAGUCGGGAGUUCCGCCAGUUCAGUCCCUUUGAGAAUCGGCGUGAGCGACGAAGCCAGAGUGCGUUCAGCUCUGCUUCAAGAACCGGCGGCAAUGGGAACAACAGCUUCAACUUCUCAGGUAGCGGUGACGAUGCCUUCCCUCCAGGUCAGACCGGGUCGCUGGAGUUCUUUCGCUCGGGUAGCGGAGGCGAGUCCAGCACGAGGCACCUGGAGGAUGAUUUCGUGGGUUCACGGAGCAGCGGCGGGAGCUUCGAGAUGGAGGAUUCGUACGCCAAGGAGCUGAGGGAGUAUGGAGUACAUCAGCAGGAGAGGAGAGAGCAGCAGUACAAAGAUAGGAGUAGAAGUCUCAGUCCUCAUGAUAGGUAUGACAGGAGAAGACGGAGUGCCAGUCUAGAUUCUCCGGACGAUGACAGUCCUUACAGCGCCAGAAGCGUAAGCCCUCCUGUCAGCAGGAAGAGAACACCACGCAGCACCAUCAAUGUCCAGAACAAGGAAGGGUCUUUCACGCCGGUCAUGCGAAGCCCAAACUCAGAAGAUGGCUACAGGGAUGACAAACCCUGGAAGAACAAAUUUGUGGAUAGUGAAGAGAGGAGUUCCUCCUCGGAAAGGACAGAAUCACAUCGGAAAUCCAAGUUAAAAUCAAGGAAACCGGAUAUUGUGCGAGAUCCUGACGAUAUAGUGGUGAAGCGUGAGAAAUUAGACUCUGAUAGGAAGGUAGAAAGGACUACUGAAAAGUUACGGAAACCUGAGAAAGUGAAAGAAAAGGUGGAAAAGAGGAGUACCCCCGAGGAUAUUGAUUUGAAGGAGAAGAAAAAGUGCAAAGAAGUGAAAGAUAGAACGGUAGCAGAUGUUAAAGUUGAAGUGAAAUCCAAAGAGGUAUCUGCAGAGAUCAAUAGAACUUUGAGCAACAAGACAGUGAACAGUGAACCUAGUGAGCAGGCAAGGAAACGCAGAAAGCUCGACUCAGAACAGUUGCAAUCCGUUGUUAUCUCCAAUGAUGAGGUGGAAAUGCAGCGGAAACUGGAAGCCCGAAAGCAGAGAUUUAGUGAUAACAGUCCUAUCAUUGACAUAACAAAGCUACGGAAGGACAAAGGGUUCGCAGAAAAAUUGCCAUCUAUUGUUUCCAAAGUUCCGAGAAUGAAGUUGAGUCCGGACGAGAACACCUCUAGUCAUAAAGAAAACAUUCCAAAGGUUGACGCUGCGAUGUCCAUUGGUUUGGACAUUAGGACAGUGAUAGACACAAGCAGACCGGUCAAAGACCGUCUUGGCUUAAAAUAUGACAUGCCCCAAAGUGAAAGAACGUUUAACAUUGAACCUGGUAGCACUGAUGGCAAUAGCUUCUGGGAUGACAAGGAGAAAGAUAGCGAGUCUGAUGAUGAACUCUUGAAUACCCGAAUAGUAAAAACAGAUGAUGUCCCCAGAGUCAAGUUAGAGGUCUCUGAGGAAGCGGGAAAGAAAGCCCUUUCUGAAAAACCAAAGAAAUCUCAUCGCGAAAGAACUGAGAAACUGAUUGCGAAUCGCCACCCUUCACAUUCCACACCCCGAAACAGAUCGCAGGAGGUUCGCAUUCCCCACUUAACAGAUGCUGAUGAGGGCAUUGCUAGCUCAAGUGAUCAAGAAACAGUCCCAUCAGAUGAGGAACUAGCGCUUGCUCUUCUUGCAAGGAACUCUCAAGUGCCCCCUGUGGCUACCCCCGGUGAAUCAGAGACUCCACCCUUAACUGGUGCUUCUCUAUCAACACCGCCCGUUGACACUUUUGAAAAACCACAGAUUGAUGCAAGUUUAAGUUAUCGAAAGCAAAUGGAGGCAGCUAGGAAGUCCUUUGAGCAGCAGAAGCAACAGCAGGAGCAACCAGGUACUCAGGAUUCUUUACCUUCAACAUCAUCUCAUACUCCUCCAACUCCGACCAUUUCAUCAUCGCUACCUACCUUGUUGCAAACAACAACCAGUGCAAAUACCAGCAGAGACUCUUUCACUUCAUCUAUCACUGAACAAGUGGAGGAGAGUGAAAAGAUCGGUGAGGCAAAGAUGGCCUUGCAUGAUUCCGAGACGCCCAAAUCUAAACCAAAACUUGACCAGUCUACUGAAAAUGUGGAAAUAGAGUGGAAGUUGAUACGGCUAACCCCUGUCGAGUUUCCAAGUAUUCGCAGGAAACAGCUUGAUGCCAUGUUCCCUUCGUCGGGUGAGGAUAGCCUUGCCAAGCGGAUGUACCGAACGAGACACAGAAGCAGUGAAGAUGACCUAAAGACACUUAGUGUAGGAACUGUCAAAGAAAAGCCUGAUGUGAGGAUUGAUUCUGUUGACAAAAUCCAAGAGAUGACAUCCCAGGACCAGACAGAUGAAAAGGAGAAGGAAAAAGAUAUUUCAGGUUGUGAGGAGAUGACUGAACUUGAUAAGAGAUUAUCACAAGGAACAUUUCCUCAGUUGGAUGUGACCACAUCAAAUCCUGUCCAAAACGAUGUGGAAUCACUUCCGAUGCUUUCACCGAGGCCUCCUCACCAAAACAUCUCUGUGACUGUCAGCGAGAAUCUCUCUCCUACCGCUUCAGCACCCUUACUAAGCCCAGCAGUGACACCAGUAAAAGCAGAGAAACCACUCCUAUUCCCUUCAGAUGGUUUUCCGUUCUCUUUGCCAAGAAAGGAUUCGCCGAUCAUCAAGGAACUUGGUUUUGGAAAAGAGGUGGUGCCACUGAGUCGAGAAAUCACCUUCACGAGUAAAGACUUGCCUCUUCACAAAGAAUCACCCUAUGCCAAAGACUUCUCCAGAGACCCAAUUUUUGGGAAAGAUGGAAUAAUCGAAUCUGCUCUCUGUGCAUCGGCCAAGCUGAGUAUCAGCGCGGUCGCACCCCGGGUACCAGAGAGUACGGAAGUGAGAACCGAAAUGAGAACCAAACUGCCUCCUGAACUGAAGGACCACUUCUCAUCCCCAGAGCGGGCUCUGGAGGAACGUCUCAGGACAGUGGAUGCUAUGAUGAAACAAGAGGAGGAGAGGCAGAGGACUCAGAAGGCCAAGUCACUGGCUACACUUGAGAGGUUAAAGAAAGAGGAAGAGAGUGGGGAAAUAACCAAGGAUGGAGUCAAAACUGACCUCUUAUUGAAAGAUAAGUUGAAUAAUUUAACAAGUAUCACCACUUGUACUCCUCCAGCCACACCUACAACACCUGGGACUCCUGGAGCAACUCCUGAUUUGAAGGCAGAGUUAUUUGGAAAUAAGGCAAGGUUGGGACCUCUGUAUGCCAGGUUAAAGAAGAAGCCCCGAAGCUCAGAAUCUGACAGCUUACCUGUGAUUAUCCUCCCAGAGAGUCAGAAGAAAGAGGAGUUUGAAGAUCCUCUGGAAGUAUUACGUUCUCGUGUGAGGCGAAGCAGUAUCUUUGAUCAGGAUUUAGCUCGCCUGGAGAACAGCUCUCAUCCGGAGCAUGGUCAAGAGAAGAAACAUGGUAUACCACUUAUUCGAGCGGGCAAGGAUCACAAUCGCCUGACAUUGCUUAAUCAGAACAGCAACAGAACAAAUCCAGGAUUGAAUUCUAGCCAGUCUGGUUCUAGCUACAAGUUGGGUCCUGGUAGAGGAACAUCAGUCUCAUCGACACGAGAUCCCAGAGAUCCCAGAGAUCCAAGAGAUCCAAGGGACCCAAGAGAUCCAAGAGAACCCAAGGAUUCCAAAGCUGAAAUCCUUACCUCACCUAUCAGAGACGAUUCAUCGAAGACAAAUGCUUUAACUGGAGAUCAGAAAUCGAGCCCUGAGCCGAAGUCUAAGGAACCUUCACCUCUAAAAUCUAUAUUGAAGAAAGAAACCAAUCUCCUGCCUGAGCCAUCAUCUGUCCAUGUGGUUGCAGAAGAUACCACCCAGACCAAAGACGCAAAACCAGAUUCUGAUGCUAGUGUGAAGGCCACGACGCCAAAGUCUGCAGCCCUGAAACGUAAAAGAUCUCCCAGCCCUCCUAUCCUAGAGAAGGCUCAAGAUGCAAAACUGGAUGCAGAUGUAAAAUCAGAGUCCAAGCCAUCAUCGGGUCCAUCUGGGACUAAGAAAGCAGUUUCAGAGGCUCCGCCGCCACCACCUCAGAAAGAGUACCCCACAAACAUGCUCCUGAUGACACCAAGGGAAUAUGGCAAAAAAGAUCCAAAAGUUGGGGCAAAGGUUAAACCUGUCAAGGAUAAAGUGGGUAUUCAGGAAAAGAGGCCUCUUUCCAAGGUUGGUAGCAAGGACAGGAUGGUAGAAGAGGAAAAGAAACCGCUCAACAAAGCACUCAGCAAAGAUAAGAUCAUAGAAGUGAGGAGCAAAGACAAGGACCAGAAGGACACCCACAAGGACACCCACAAGAAUGAAGGCAAGGAGAUUGUCAGAAAAUCAAGUGAGGGGUCUAUGACACCAAGAACUUCAACUGAUAAAGGGAUUGUCAAAACGAGCAAUGAUGUGAGAAAACAUGAUGCGAAGAAAGUCUUCAAGAAGGAGAGCACAUCAUCUGAGAAAGCCCAGUCCAGUGACCACAAAGACCACAAAGCUGAUGUCAGUAAAGAUGAAGACAAAGUAUCAAAGGUGACAAAGAGCAAGGAUACCUCUGCCAUUGAGAAGAAUAAGGACAAGAACAAAGAUGACAAUAAGAGAGAUGAUGUUUCAGUGAAGAGAAAGGGAAAGGAGAAGGAGGUGGUGAAUGAUAAGAAUAAAGGAAAAGACCCGGAGAAGGAUAAAAAAGAGAGCAAAGAAAAAUUCAUCAAGUCUGAGAAGAGCGACUCCAGGGAAAAAGCCAUCAAAACCGAAAAGUUUGUCGAGGAAGAGAAAAGAGACAUCACUGAAAAAGAAGAAACAUCUGAGAAAGGUACUCCUAAAAAGAAAGAUAUAAAGGGAAAGGAAGUGAAAUCUAAAUUGAAACCAAAGGAGAAGAUCAAGGUUGAGAAGAAGGAGAAAGAUCAUCCAGAGACAGAGAAGGUCGACAAGGUGAAGGAGCAGGAGAUGGAGGAGAGAGAGGAGAAGGAGAGGAGAGAGGAAAAGGAGAGGAGAGAGGAGAAGGAGAGGAGAGAAAAGGAGAAACUGAAGGAGGACAGAGAGAAGCCUAAAGAAGAUAAGAAAACCAAGGCUCACAUUCCAGUCAAAUCUGCUACUGAAAAACCAAGUGGGACAAAGAAGGUGAAACCUCAGCCGACACCGUCCAGAGGUGGAGUAGCGGCUCUCAUGGAUGCCUUCUCAGACACAGACAACAGCUCUGAAUCGGAUGACGAACUUGAGUUUGAGCAAUUUAUCAAUCGCCAGACGAAGAGGAAGGAUUCUGUCAAACCUAAGCCAAAGAAAACUCAGGAGGUAGAGAAGCGGAAAUUGAUAUAUGACUCGUCCGAUUCUGAUGAGGGAUCCUCUGGGCUUGAUGCUGAGGAAAGCCCCAAGAAAUCUUCCAGGGAUGAACUGUCCAGUAAGGGUAAACGAAAAGCUCUUCAAAAGUCAAAGAAAUUGAAGGAGAAGUUUGGUAAAAAGGGGAAGAUCAAAGUGAAAGAAGAGUUUACUGACACCGAUGCCGACUCCAAGAUGAGUUCUUCUGAUGUGGAAGAGAGGUGUGAGGAACCUAAGCUCCCGUCCAAACCAACACACAAGAAGAAGGAUGAGAAAGUCAAGCACAAGGAAGUCCACAUCAAAAGGGAGAAAGAGGAUAUGAAAGAUGUUGGUAAAGGUGAUAAGCCCAGGAAGAGUAAAGACUUGAAGAGGCAGGAUAGAGUUGAACCCAAUGUAGAGAUCAAACAAGAGCCUAAAAGUGAAACAGAAGCAGAAACAACACCUAAGAAGAAAGAUGUUAGCAAGACAAAGAAGCAGAGAAGAGAGGAGGAGAAAGAGAGGCUCCGGGCUAAGAAAGAAGAGGAGGAAAGAUUGAGAGCUGAGAAAGAGGAAGAGGAGAGACGGCAGGCAGAGGAGGAAGAGAGACUGCGGCAAGAGGCAGAGGAAAGCAAAAGGGAGGAGGAAGAGUUAAGGAGAAAGGAAGAGGAAAGACUACGGAAAGAGGAGGAAAGGCAACUUAAAGAGGAGGAAAGAAAGAGGAAAGAGGAGGAGAAAGAAAGGAGACGGAAAGAGGAGGAGAGACAGCGGAAAGAGGAAGAGCGGCAAAGAAAGGAGGAAGAGAAGAAGAAAAAGGAAGAGGAGAGAAGGAAAAAAGAAGAGGAGAGGAAGCAGAAGGAGGAAGAGAGGAGACAACGGGAGGAGGAAAAGAGGCGAGAGGAGGAAGAACGAAAACAGAGAGAGGAGGAGCAGCAAAGGGCAGAAGAAGAGGAAAGGUUGAGGAUUCUAAAGGAAGAGGAGGAAGAGCAACAGAGGAUAGCAGAAGAAAAGGCUAGGAGAGAAGAAGAAGAAGAACGACAGAGGAUUGAGAAGGAGGAAGCUGAAAAAUGGCGUAAAGAAGAAGAAGAAGCAGCUGCAGCAGCUGCUAAAGCCCAGGAGGAACUCCAGAAUCAAGUAUCUGUUGAAGAACCCAGGAAGAAAGAUAAAUCUAAAAAGGCUAAGAAAGACAAGCACAAAUCGAAGAAGGAAAAGCGGAAAAACAAAGAACAUCAUUCUGAUGCCGUUACUGAAAAUGCACUACCUGGCCAAGAUCCCAAGAAAGAGGAAAGUGUUGUUCUUGAUACUGUAAUGCCGCAGAGUGAAGGUCCCCUUGUGCCUAUUUCAGAUGAUGAGGUGCCAAUAGGUUUUUCUACAGAAGUGUCAGCAUUUAACUCAGCACAAGGAAACGGCAUUCAGUACCAUGAGAACAGCAAACUUGCUAUGGCUAACUCCUGUGGAGAUAAUGCAGUACUAUUGCAGCCUGCUGAAAAUGUCGUGACUUCAGUUCCUGAUGAGGAGGAUGAUGGAGAAGGUAAACUCAUCAUUGAAGAGGAAAAGAGAGAUGCGAUGGAUCCUGCCAAGAAAAGUGAACAUCACCAUAAAAAGAAACAUAAGGAGAAGAAGCAUAAGAACAAGAGCAAAGAUAUGGAUCCAGAGAAGCUGAAGGAAAGAGCAUUGAGAAAAGCUGAAAAGAAAGCAAAAAAACAAAAGAAGAAGGACAAGAAGGAGAAAGACAAAGACAAGAAAGAGAAAAAGAAGAAGCAUAGAGAUCAGGAGAGGCCUCCGCUUAAAAGAGAAUGCACAGUGGAAAUCGAAACAGAGUUUGUUAUUGAUUAUGGUGAGGUUCAGAAAGCAAAUGAUGGACCUUACCCUGUCAAUCCUGUUAUGCUUGAAGACAUCACCAAUGAUGCUCCAGGUCACCUCCCUGGUGGUGGUCUCAUGAACAGAGAUGGCCAGGUGCAUGAUGGUGACAUGCAAAGGAAUCUCCAGGCUUCUUCUACUACCACCUUGAUUGCAAAAUCUCCAGAGCCCCUUCAAAUAGCGGAAGCAGCCGUUGCCAACUCAAACAGAGAGAUCAGCCUUACGUCCGUCCAGCAGUCAAAUCCAGUCAGUGCGGCCUUGACGAAGGAAUCCUCUAUGUUUGGAGACUCGUUUGAAGAUGAGAAUCAUCCAAUCGUUGCACAAGCCUUGACAGCUCUUGAGAAAUCAGACCAUGAAACAUCACAGAAUGCAGAAAACAUUGGGGGCAGAUACCCUCCAGAUGUCCCUGGUGCCCACAAGCCAUACUCUAUCGCCGACCUCGCAAGCAGUCCUCUUUUCAGAAAGGAAAAGAAGGAACGAAGUAAAAGGAACAGCAGAGGUCGAGAAUCUAAAACUAUGCCUACAGCAGGUCAGACUGACGUGUUCAACCAAGGUAAGAUGGAAGCUGUGGCAUCACAUGCUUCUGGUCGAGUAGAGGGUGUGGCAGAAGAGCUGUUACCCAUCAAGUCAGAGGUAGAGCAGUCAGUGGAAGCUCUCAUUACGGCAGAAAGUGCCUUUGAUUCUGAUAAACAGACAAGCCGUGAUGUGCAUGCCACCCCAGUCCUUCAUGCCACCCCAGUCCUUGGUGUAAACCGCCCUGCUGAAGAACCAAGCUUGCAAGAAAAGACAGAAAUGGAAGAGGCAGUAGCUAACCUCCUGUUUGCAGAAGACGAAGUAGAGACAUCAUCCAUUGAGAUACCAGUCCAAAUUCCUGUGCAGACAGCUAAUGCUAUAGACACAGCUCAACCUACGAUACCUACUCCUCCAACAGCGUCAGAUGCUGGUGAAGCAUACAGGGAACAACAAGCCCAUGAGGCUGCCAUCAUAGCAAAGAUGGCUUCUCCAGACAAGAAGACUGAAAUGGGAGCUAAGGACGGCAACAAGGAAUCUCGUUUCUUCUCUCCACGUGCCAAGGAGUCCAGUAUCCCACCAAGGACAAGAUCGGGAUCAUUGUCAAAGUCUGGCCCGGCUGAUCUAAGCGUGUUUGAUUUCCAAGAUGACGAGAAGCAUGACGAGGCUGGUAAAGAGAAAAUGAAGAUGAGUGGUGAGAUGGAAGCACAACCUGAGCCAGGAGUCAGUCAAGAUCUCGCAAAGCCUCCGCAGCAGCAUGCACCUGCACCACCUGCAGCACCUGAGCAGAACUGUGUCAUGCCAGCACGACCUCAUCAAGUCCUAGACCAUAUAGAGCCAAGCUCCAUGUAUCCUGCCAACCUGCAUGACCACAAGAUAAAUUCUGAUGUAUAUGAAUUCCCGGAUCAAUCUAGUCCAGGAUCAAGUGAGUUGAAGCAACCACUCAACAAGCCACAGCCUACCCGUGGACGUAAUAGAGGUAGAGGUACCAGAGGUGGUGGAAGAGGAAGGAGUAGAACCAACUCAAGGGGAGGGACAAUGAAAAUCAGGGAUGAGCUUGCAGCUCUAGAGCUACAGCAGCAACAACGAAUGCAUGCCGAGCUGCAGCAGCAACAACGAAUACAUGCUGAAGCCCAUGUGUUUCAAGCUCAGGCUGCAGCUCAGGCUAUGCAUGCCCAAGCCCAACAGGGCCAAGGUGUCCAUGUGGACGUGUCCCAGAAUGAAACUGUGUCUGCACUUCUUGAACUUGGAAAGCCAGUGAUGCCUUCAGCUACAGCUGUACCUCAGAUUAGUCCGGUUGCUAUGAUGCAGUCUCCUGAUGGGCAGAAGGUACCUCAACCUGAUCCAUGGCUCACUCAGCAUGCUACUCCUGGAUCUGUUCCCGCUCAAGGACCUCAGACAAGUUCUGCUCCUGCCAGCAUCAAUGCAGUAGGUGCACCAGAUAGACCCCCACAAUUCAGUACCGCUCCUUCCGCAAAUAUGAACUUUACAGCUAUUUCUCAUGCUCAACUCCCCACUGCAUCAAGUAGUAUGACUACCAAUGCCCAGAUGGCUAUGACACAAGCCCACAAUAUGAUGGGAAAGUUACCCCAACAAAACAUGCCUUCUUCAAUUUCUAGCGGUAUGGUGCAGAAUCCUUCUGUGAGCAUGCCAACUGUUGUUGCUGCACUGUCAACACCACCUACAUCUCAUGUGGCUAUCCAAGAUCCUAAUGGCACCCAGAAGAAGCAGAGACAACAACGUCCCAGGAAGUCCCGUAGGGAUUCUGGUCCAGAGCAGGGUAACUGGAUGCCAGGAGGUCACAUGCAACAGCAAAUGGUUCCAGGUCAGCAUUUCAACAUGCACCAGGUCGCACAACUCCAUGGACCUCAGAAGAGUCAGGCUGAGGCAGCUGUCGAACAACACUUCAACGAGGCACUGGCCAGGUUGCCACACAAUCGCAAUCAACAGAACAGGCUUCCAGGACAUCAGCAGUCUCAUGAACAGAUCCAACUAUCACACCACAUUCAUCCACCAAACAGCACUGCAGAAGCCUUGGCAAACCAGCAUGCCAUGACCCAGUUGAAACCGGGUCCAAUGGGGCCAUCAGCAGCUAUGGAGGCACCAACCAUUGUCAAGCACCUUGUGUCUAAUGGUCCUGCUACUGGAGCAAAUACCACAACCUCUUCAUCAGUACUUCAUACAUCACCCAUGGCAAACUUGCCUCAGGCAUCUUCUGCUGGAAUCAUGCAUGCUGGACAUCCGGGAUUCCCUAGCGGGUUGCUUACACAAUCACCAGUCAGUCAACCCUCAACCUUAUCACCAACUAUACAGUACUCACGUCCACCCAGUGCCACAUCUGCAGGGCUAACUUCCAGUAUUGCAUCGUCGCAGGGUGGUAACAUCCAGCAGGUACGUGGAGCACCGGCAGGAAACCUCCGGGUACCUGUGUCAGUUGCAGCCCCGACCCUUCCAAAUGCCAGUGUCCUCAGAGCUGCCUUGACAGACCACAAGCCAAAUGCGAAGAAGGAGGCAGAUGGAAGUGUGAAGGCUGGGCAAGGCAGGCCACUAGCUGACAGUAAAGGAAUGCAUCCCAACCUUCCUCAGCAGCCAGGAGUCAUCGACCCAAGUCAACAUCCUCACAUUGAACUCCGGUCCUAUCCACCAAUGCAGAAUCCUGCUCAGAUGCACAAGAAAGCUGAAGAUGCAGAGAAGAUGGCAGCUGGUGACCAGAGAGGACAGAAGAAUCCUCCUCUAGAACAACGUCUACCGCCAAUGAUCAGGGUGACUGAUUCAGGACCAAUGGCCUAUCUUUCAUCUGGUGCUCAUCUUCCUCAAGCAGCAGCUGUCAUGAGACAACAACAGAUCAGACAUCCUGUGCAAGGAAUGCCAUACGGCAAAGAUUUUAUAUCAGGUAUGCAUGCAGUGGUUGAUCCCAUGUCAGAAACUCGCAAUCUCAGCCAACCAAUGCCUGGUAUAGUGCCUGUUCCUGGGCUGGACAUGAGCAAAUCUGGAAUUCCUGGGACCAUGUUUCCACCAUUCAGAGUGCCUCAACCCGGUUUUCCCAGGAUGAUCUACCAGCAAGGCAUGACUGAAGCAUCCUCUGGAGGAUCACCACGUCUACCAACACCGAGUGCCUCAUCCCCUGGAGUAUCACCCAGAGUCAAGUCACCAGCUAUGGCUCAUGCUGAUCGUCCACAGCCCAUCCCAACACCAGAACGUCGAGACCAACUCACACCAGACCUUGUCCAGAUCAUGCCAGGCAUCCCAUCAGGUGUUCCACCACGGGCUCCAGGAAUCUCUUCUGGCAUACCUCCCGGAAGGAUGGACAUGGCAAUGCGAACCAUAUCCCAUCGCGGCAUGCCGCAGAUGGUCGUGAGGCCACCUGGCUACGGAGUGGAACCACGCUCACAGGGCGGUAAGCCGGAAGACGCUCAGAAGAUGGAUCAGCAAUCCAUGAUCCUCGGCAUCCCAACGGAUCCUAUGCACCUUCAAGAUCAACAUCUCGCCUCUCCGCGUCCCAUCGGCGGUCCAGAGAAGACAACAACUGCCGGACUGGAGCACUAUCGCCAGACCCAUCCUGGAGUCGGGCGCAAGGAUGAGUUGAUGAUGAGACCAACGGGUCAGGAGUUCCGGCCGAUGAUGAGAGAAGCGAUGCCUCACAUGGCCUGGCCUGGUCAAGGUCCACCUGGUAUGCCUAUGCAUCCUGGUUCUAUGCAACCCAUGCAGUUAUCAGCUCACAUGCCGAUCAAGGGAACGGACUCUCUCAUGGGUCUACUCAUGCGCUAUCCUGUGAUGUGGCAAGGCGUGUUAGCCCUGAAGAACGAGGCGGCUGCUAUCCAGAUGCACUACGUCUCAGGCAGCCAGUCGGUUGCCCAAGACUCCCUCAUCAUGGCUACUCCACCCCUCCGUGUUGCCCAGAGGAUGAGGCUGGAACCCUCCCAGCUGGAUGGGGUCGGCAGCAGGAUGCAGGUUGAAGAGGAGUCUGUUGUACUGCUUGCCUUACCUUGCGGCCAUGACCAGACCGACGUGAUAGCUCAGACAAACACCUUACGUGUCUCUUUCAUCGAGUACCUACUCAGCAAGCAGGCUGCUGGCAUCAUCAACGUCGCACCUCAUGGAUCUCAAAAGGCUGCUUUUGUUCUACACAUCUUCCCUCCAUGUGAGUUCACCGAGGCUCAUCUCUCGCGCCUCUCUCCGGACCUCCUCGAGAGCGUCCAGGAGAUCGCUCAUCUCAUGAUCGUCAUAGCAACCGCAUCGUGAAGAGGUUGGGACCUCGGCAACCUUCUGCUAUCGAGUUCUCCCGGUGGUGGAAGAAGAUGUGUCUACCGAUGCAAUAUGCCGGCCGGCUAGACAAGAAACCGUUGUUGUGAUCAGAAGCUUUCCUUUCCUGUGAUUGUCAUCUUGAUGCAUCUUGAAGAGUUUCUGUGAUGACUCAUCUUGUCAUCACCAUGGAAACCGCAUCAUGACGAGGUUGAUAACGAAUCCAUCAUGAGCCAUCUAAUGCUCUGAGCAACCAACGACUUAAUCAAACACUUGAUCUCCAGGAUUUUCCAUUGGCUGUCCACAGCAACAUGGGAAAUCAAAGACACCCAAUUAAAAAUCCCAGGUUCCCUUGGUAACAUAAUGUUUCAGUGUGAUUCUCAAACACACCACCUUUCAUUAAGCAAUGUUUACAUGAUUCCAUUUUAGUGAUCACUUUAUUUAUUUGAUUCUAUUAAUUUUCAAUGGGAUUCAUUAACUUUGGGAAGUGCCCUUGAAAGUAAAUGACAUGAAAAUCUGAUAUCCCCCCCCCCCCCACACACCUAAAAUCUAUUUUGGAAGCCUCAUGUUUUCAAAAAGAAUUUCAUGCUUUAUUAGUCAUAAUAGCAUCAGCGAGAGGGAUCCCAAGAUUUUUCCACCUAAAUGUAUCAACUUUCCUCAAUCUUUUGGUCACUAGAAGAAAGACAUAUUGGUUGUUUAUCAGUAGAAUUAUAUACCGGAUUCUGGCUGUGAUCAGAUGAAUUAUGUACCUGCUAAGACAGUCUCGGAUAUACCACUCAUACCUGAUGGAGAAAAGCAGCGUGGCAGUAGCUUCUUUUUGCUCUGUGAGGAAAUAACUAAAAAUUGCACGAUUUGACUAAAUGCCAUUCAUAAAGGACGCUCUUGGAAUCCGUUCUCGAAAAAGAACGAUCAGGUGCACGUGUUGCUCACUGAAUGAAGGUUGGAAGAUUUACAGAAAUAGCUAGAUAUUUGUGAAUUAAUGUUGUCGUAAUUAUUGAUAUAUUGAAGGAAAAAAUAAGAUCCGUCCAAUGUUCUUAGCUGUCACUAUUAUAGUCGUGUUUGUGGCAGUUGUUAAUUGAUAAACUAGAGUUGAAUCGGCUGUUGUGAUAGUUAUUCAUUCGCGAGUUAAGUUGAGAAAAGUUCUUUUUGUUUUUAGAUAUGUAUACACAAGGUGACACUCAGUUUGAUUUGUCUGUUGUUACUUUUUAUAGUGAUGUUAUUGACUUUUUUUUUCUAGUCUUGUUUUGGUUUUGUUCUUUGUGAUUUCUGCCUUGCAGUGCACUAUGUUUUAUCGAUGGUUGUCUCUCAUUUUAAAAGACUAAAUAUCAACGUUCACUGCUGAUUCUGUAGGAAGACGCAUCAUUUUUAUCUGCAAGUUACUUUUUACUUUCACGAUUAAAAAUUCUUUUAGCCAUGAGAAAUGGUCGAGUCACUCUGGUGACAUUAAUUUCUCAUCUAGAAAGUCGAGUAUGAGUUGGUAGCUGAAUGCAUUAGGUCAGAGUAGUUAGAAUGUUGUACAAAACUAUCUUGUAUUCUUUGCAUAGAUUUGCCGUUAGAAGUAGUCCUGUAGAUAGAAUCAGAGUAGUCAGUAUAGGGUUUUAAGUUUUUCGUAGACGAUGAAACGAAAAUUGGAAAGUUUUGCAAUCAAGACACGGUCAAAUCUUGUAAUAAUUAGCCUCUUCUCAGGGGAUAAUGGUUAUUUUUUAGUGAAAAGAGAAAACAUUCUCUUGAUGAUGUUGACCAGAUAAUUGUGUGUGAAAUCAUAGACUACCUAUUUCUCAAUUUUUUUAAACUGAAAUGAAUAAUUUCAAGAAAACUGGUUCUUUCUGGACCUUAACGGGAAUAAACACGGAGGAUGCUGUAGCCACUUUACCUUUUUUUUUUCUUUUUGUAUAAUUUUAGAAUCAUUUUAGUUACAAUUUAUGAUGGAAGAUCAUUAAUCUGUAGAAUGGAUUGAUUAGAUUAUUUUGGGGGUUUGGUCAUGUUGCACAAAUUAUUCACCUCAGUACAAUAUGCAAUCCAUUAAUAUGAGGAGAAAAGCAAAGUUGAUUGUGGGAUAAUUUGAUAUCUUUUGGAGUUUUAUUAAGGGUUUCUUUGUUUCUAAUUUAUUAAAAAAGGUAGCAUCCGUAUGUGGUUCGUCAAAAAUGUAAGAAGUAGUUGAUGUUUGUAUUUAAAAAGAAGAGAGAUUUAAAUGACAUAUUUUUGUUAGAAAACAACUCUGUUGCAUAAAGAAAAAAGAAAAAAAAAACAAUUCCAUAAGGACAAAAAAAGGAGAUUAUUUCGAGUUGACAUUGAUGUUAAGAAUGCCAUGUUUCUAUGUUUUGCUGUCGUAUGUACAUAAAAGAAAACGAAGACUUACUUUCACCUUUGACCGUUGGUAUUGUUACUGCAUUGAUAUAACAUUUCACAGUGGAGUUUGAAGUGUAUGGUAACCACGACGACCAAUUUAUUUUGUACAUGAUUGCUGUUGAUACGUGUAAAUAUGUAAACAUAAAGUAUAAAUAUAUAUAAAUAUAUAUAUUCAACCAACUGUGAAAGAGGUCUACAGUGUAGGUCUAACACUAUAGAGCUAACCUGUGAGUCUUGGUCCAAGGAAUAGUGACAGAACUUUACAAAAAUAGAAAACAUAAAGAGAAAAGGAGAUAUAGUUUUUAAAAAAUGAGAUAGGAGGAUAAGAAAUCAGCGUUGGUCCCCCACCCGAAGGCUAAUUCGGGGAGCCGGGUGGUGGGGGACCGCGCAGCUUGUAAAAAAGAGAACAUAGUUGAUUUAUUGAUUUCUUGUAGUUAUCUUGUAAGAUAUGUGUACAAAAAUUUUAUGUAUAGCAAGAUGGUGUAUAUAUUAUGACUUUUCUCUCUCACUCUCUUAUCUUUUUCUCUCUCUCUUGAACUCGCUCUCUCUACGCAACUUUCUAUUUUCCAAGCAUUAAGAGAGAGACCCUCAGAAACGUGAUGUAAAUUUGAUUUUCUUUUUCCUUCUUUUUUUGAUAUCGAGGGGAAAUAAAAUGGAGAUUGUGCCCAUGUAA